GCAAUUUGGCUUAUCAAUGGCGAUGCUUUCAUCUCAUACAAGACGCACUGUUCUCUCAAUCCCAUUAACAAAACACCCAUUAUCCACAAUUUCUGCUUCUACUUCUUCUCCACCACAAUCGGAAGAUGAAACUUUAGUCUCAGCCGCCACAACAAUCCUCAAACACCAUCGCUCAAAAUCACGAUGGUCCGAGAUUCUUUCUCUAGCUCCUCCAACUUCCGGCUUCACUCCUUCCCAAGUCUCUAAAAUCAUUCUUCAACUCCGCAACACACCUCACCUCGCUCUCCGUUUCUUCAAUUUCACAGUCCACCGCUCCAUAUGCUGCCACUCUGUUUCUUCAUAUGCCACCAUCAUUCACAUCCUCUCCCGUUCUCGCCUCAAAUCCCAAGCCCUAGAGUUAAUCAAAUGCGCUAUUCGUAAAUUUCCUGACACCCAUAAACCUGAUUUGUUAAACCCACCUCGGAUUUUCGAAAUCUUGGUUAAAACUUACAGAAGUUGUGAUUCAGCUCCUUUUGUGUUUGAUUUGUUGAUAAAAGCUUAUUUGGAUUCUAAGAAAAUUGAUGUUUCUGUUCAACUGGUCAGAAUUUUGGCUUCCAAGAAUAUUUUUCCACAUAUUGUUAUAUGUAAUUCUUUGAUUGAGUUGAUUGCGAAAAGUCGAGGUCCUUUUGCUGCUUAUGAUAUGUAUGUGGAAAUCUUUAGGUGUGAAAAGGGGGAAGGGAGUGGUAGGGAGGUAAAGGGUGUGAUGGCAAAUGCUUAUACUUUUAACGUUCUUAUGGUUGCUUUACAUAGAGAAGGAGUAGUGGAGAAGGUUGAGGAGGUUUGGAAGGAAAUGAUAGCAAAGAAUUAUUCUCCGAAUGUGUAUAGUUAUAGCAUUUUAAUGGCUGCGUAUUGUGAAGAUGGAAAGAUGGAGAAUGCCAUGAAAGUUUGGAAGGAGAUGGGUGACAAGGAUGUGAAGCAUGAUAUUGUAGCUUAUAAUACCAUAAUUGAGGGGUUUUGCAAAGUCGGAAAGGUUGAGAGAGCUGAGGAGGUUUUCCGGGAGAUGGUCUUCAAUGGGGUAGAAUGUACUUGUGUUACUCUUGAACAUCUCAUAAAUGGACAUUGUAUGAGCGGGAAUAUUGAUGCAGCUCUAGUUUUGUAUAAGGAUAUGUGUCGAAAGGGCUUCAAGCCAGAGAGUUCAACAAUAGAUGUAGUGGCUAAGGUGCUCUGUGACAAAAGUGGAGUUUUUGAUGCCUUGGAAUUCGCGAGAGCUGUAAUAAAGAAACACGAUAUUGUACCAAGGAAGACAACGUAUGAACUUCUGAUACAGAGCUUGUGUAAGGAGGGGUGGAUGGAAGAAGCUCUGAAACUUCAGGUAGAGAUGGUGGUGAAAGGAUAUGCACCAAAUUUUGAAAUAUAUAGUGCUUUCAUUGAUGGGUACAUCAAGCAAGGGGAUGAAGAAAAGGCUGAAACUUUGAGGAAUGAAAUGCUUAGGAAUAAGAUACCAUGUAAAGACAGCUAGAAGUUUGUAUGCCAUGCAGAGUUUUGACCAAAUUUUAAAUCGUGACUUCUGGCUAUGAGGUUAAGAAAAGACAAGGCGACUUUGCCAAAGUGCAAGUCUGUCAGUAAAUAAAGGCAAGGUACUCUCUGGAGGGCGUCUUCAUGAUUUGGAGGAAAUGAACACUACAUUUUUGCUGAA